AUGGACAAGCGACGGAAUCCGUCGGACGGGCAUCGGGAGCCGCGAGGUUGGAUCUCGCUCGUGCCCUUAACUGACGCUCAGAUCUCCGGCACGUUGUAUCAAUUUGAUUACGUACCCGGACUGACACUCGAUCGGCGUGAGGCUCUUGAAUCGGCCCUGCGCGUGGCCAGUCACGUCUCGGGCAUUGUCGAUAGCGCGGGCCAAGUGAGCAGUAUCGCUAUUGCUACAGGAGACGGCCUUCCAAAGAUACCCGGCGCGGAAUUUCUCUCCUGGAUGCUACGAGGUACUCGCUCGAUCACUUGUUCUAUCCGUGGCAGGGCUAACGCUGGUGUAGACAUCGAAUGUGAUCGCUUUGGCGCUUUCGUACAAGACUAUUUCCGACAUGUCUCCCUCCCCUCUCUCAAGAAGAUGGGCCUAGCUCUGUUGCGGCGGGAGGUAUCAGCGCCAAUUUCGACCAUCUACACGGUCUGCGUCAAUGCUAUGGCAUACAAAUUUUUGACUACCGUGCUGACCAUCGACGGCGCCGAUGACCUGACCGAAAAUCUUCGUGUCAGUGCCCAGGAAUACCGGGCUAGCGCGCAGGCCGCGCUGAAGCAAAUUCCCUUGGUGACUCCACCGUCUUUGGCCCUCUUGCAGGCCUUGCUAUGUGGUAUAUUCCUUCAUCAAGGCUCUGGUGAUACGGCGUUAUGCUGGGGUCUGACGAAGGCUGCUUGUCGGGCUUGUGUGGACAUGGGUCUGGACGUAGCCGUCGCGCAGGACGCCGGCGUCAGCUCGGAGGUCUAUUACUGUGUCAUCUGGUGCUAUAUGCUCGAAAAGAACUACGCCUGCAAGACUGGUCAAUGUCGAUCCUCACUCAGCACGUCCCUGGGGACAGACCUACCCGCCUUGCGCCCGUCCGGUGUGCCCCUGUCCGGCCUCCUCGAGAUUUACAUCGACCUAGCGCGUAUCCAAGCCGUGCUGCUACCACACCUGGAGAGCUCAUCGGCAGAUUCCCGUGAAGGACCUGCUUUUGACGGUGUGGGCGACGAAUUGCUAUCGAAGAUGAACCAGAUUCAUUCGAAGAUUGAGCAAAUUGCAUCUCCAUCACCUCUCUGGAAAGGUUUAGACAUGAACAGCGAAGUUGCAGCGCUUCAAUUCGCCUUUCACUCGGUCAUGACUGCGAUCUUUCAUCUAAGACAGGUCACGUCUAGCCAAACCGCCACCUCUAUAGAGCUUUAUCUGCAGUCAGCGCGUCAGCCCCUGUCGGCAUUGGUGUCAAUGUGUUUGUCCUGUGACAAGCAAAGCACGGUGGCCUUUCUACAUUGGACCUUAUUGUACUAUCCUCUCACGGCAUAUUUUGUGUUGUUCUGCAAUGUCGUAACAACGGCCAAUCUUGCGGACUUUCAACUUCUGAGCACCAUUGCCGACUGUUUGGCACACAGCGGCUCGAUCAGUCCGCCGAUCGCGCAGCUCCAGAGUCUCUUUUGCAAACUGGUCUCGCUGGCUCAGUGUUUCCUCCCCGGGGGUCGUCGGUCGAUCGCAGACGACAUCGGCUCCUCCACGGCCGCCACGAUGUCGUCCCACGCGCCUUCAGAAGAUGCUCGCGGCUGGCCCUCCUGUUCAUACUGGGGUGGAGGCGGCAUGGUAUUCCCUACCGCCAUGACGACACCGGCCAAAGAUGGCAGUGCAUCAUAUUUAGACUUUCCUACCUGGGAUCCAUUCCUUGCAGUCAAUGGCGAGAAUUCGUUUGCCGAAAGCGAUUUAGGGACCUGA